UUUUAUUAUCGUUGCCCGCGAUACUUUUGCUAUGCGGCUUCUACCAUGAAAUGAGAACAUGUGCUCAUCAAGAAAACAACAUGGCGUGCAAUUUGAAAGAAAAGUGCGUUUAACAGUAUGGGGAGAUCUACAAAUAUCUUUAGAUUUAUUUCCUUCACAGAACGCAUAUCAAAACUUCGUAUUGAUGUUGUUCAUAAGAUUGAAAAACGUUCUGAUAUUCCCGACGAAUCUGACACAUUUUUUAAUCAAAGUUUAUCAAAAUGGAGGGAGUUGAAUUGCUGUCUCGACUUUCAGGAAUUUUACAAAGGCGUCUCUCCGCUGGUGAAAAGCUUAUCACUGUUAGUUCACCAUCAAAAAUCUGUCAUUGACAUACUCCAGAAAUAUUUGAAGAAGAAAGACACUUUAGCUCUUGAGGCUUUGCUUCAACUAUGUGUUGAACUGGCUCGUGAUUUACAAGGAGAUUUUACACAGUAUUUUAGAGACUUUUUAGGUAUUAUCACGAAACAUUUGGAUACGAAGGAUGCCGAAAAGAUCGAGAAUUGUUUCAAGACGUUGGCGUAUCUUUUUAAGUUCCAAUGGAGAUUCCUAAUUAAGGAUAUGAAAUCAUUAUUCCGGUCAUACAGUCCUCUUCUCAGUGGAAAUCAGCCUGGUCAAGUUGACAGAUUUGCUGCAGAAAGUCUGGCAUUUCUAGUUCGAAAGUCUAAAAAUUUAUCCAAAUUAUUGGACUUCAUAUUUCUCUCUACAUUACAAAACCCUCAAAUACUACCAGGAGUGGGUAGGUUACUAUCUGAGAUGUUACGUGGUGUGCAAAAUAGAUUCCAUUCUUCAGCAGAGGAAAUUAUGAAAUUAUUGCUGAAUAAACUAGCUCCUGAUGUCAUCUUUGAUGAAGAAUUCAAAUCUGGAAACAAGAUUUUUCAGCUAUUUACAAUAAUGUUUGAAGAAACGGCAAAGUUUGCCAAGAGAGAGCAUUGUCAAGUUAUUUGGAGUUGUUUAUAUAAAGCUAUAAAUGAUCGUCUUUUGGACAAUGAUGUAAAUGUGGUGAACUCUGAAAUACUAAGAUAUUUAGUUGAAUUGAUGAACAUUUGGGUGGAAUGGAGUCAUGGAAAAUUGAUCAACGAUGCAACCAAGUUACAAAAGAAUGUGAGCAAUUUGAUAAAGACGAAAACUGACCAUGAUACUUUAAAGUCAUCAAUUUUUAAACUGGCUUCAUCAACUCUAAAACUCAGUUUUGACAUAGAUGAAGAUCUUGAAGAACAGCUGCUUGUUUCGUUCUUUGCUUCAAAACACUUCUCCAUCAGUGAUGCCUGCAACUUUUCUCGUAAUCUCAAGAUGUGGGCAAAAUUUAAUGAUCUUGUUUUACCAAGGCUUGUGAAUUUUUUUGAUGCAAAGUUAGCUGUAUCUUCCUUGCAAGAGUUUCAAGCUAUCCAUGUGGUACAUAUUUUGGCUGAAAUUUUGUUGGAUACAAUCUCAUUUGAGGAAGGUUAUGAUGGCAUGACACUUCAAAAAAAUAGGGAGUUUUGCUUUCCAAAACUGGCCGAUGAACACGAUGAUUGUUGGUGGAAUGUUUUCUUCAAACCUGAGACAAUAUUUAAUGUUGAUGAGGAACAUAUAUGGGCAGCAUUAAUAAUAUUACCUUUCUUGAGGCCACUCAAAUUUAAGACUAUUUGCCAAUCAUUAAAAAAUCUAUUUGAUCAUUUGAAUGAGCAAGGCAAAGGUUCGUCAUCAACUCAUAAUACACCUCGCCUGUUUGUUCUUUCUCAAUGUGUCAAAUGUAUUGCCAUCUUAUGCAAGUUCCAUUCAAUUUCCUUGGAGCAAUGUCUGGCUUAUCAUGUCAUGUUCGAUGUUUUCAGCAAUUAUGCACGCGAUGUUCACAUGCUACAGGCGUUUCAUGUCUAUUUGUCAAUACUCCAAGAGCAGUCUUCAUCCAAUCUGUCUUGUCAGCAGAACUUUAAAGAUGUGUACGCUUGCAUAAAAGAAAAUCUUGCUUCACACGCCCGGCUGGUCAGACUGCUAACAUUGAAGAUCCUCACCACUUUUGAUCAAUUGGAGGCAACAUUCAUGCAGAACAACGAUUGUUUGAAGUGUAAUAUUUUUAACGACUGUUUGCAAGUUGAGCUUGUACCUUUGACCUUCCAAGAAUAUCGUCGGAAAUUGGUCUGUGCACAAAAACUAGCUUUUUCAAACACUCGUUCAUUACCAAAUGAUAUUAAAGAUGGCCCGUUACGCUAUCUCAUUGGUAUGCUGUAUUUGAAUUUGAGUACGAUGUGGGAUCCUGUGAUGUCCCUCAUUACCACGUAUGCGAUAGAAGAAAACAAGAUGAUGUUUUGGAAUGUGUUUUAUGAAAAUCUUAUUUUGGAUCCUUCUCAUUCCGACAGAAAUGACGAGGUGAACUUCCAGGGUGACGGUGCCCUUAAAGAGUUCUUUUGUCGUCAGUUUUUGUCUUUUGUGGGACCUCGAGAAGACAACAGAGUUGACAAACACAGCUUUCAACUUCUCUUGUGGAAAACAAUGGCCAAGUUUCCUGAAAUUGUAGAACCACGAUCAAGACAAGUUGUUCCGUUAUUUUUGGACUUCUUCAGAAAUGAAUGUUCUGUUCUCGAUGAAGCCGGUAGGGUCUCUUAUCAAGAUUUGACGAAAAGCUCUUUACAUGAUUCAGAUUCUAAUUCAAUGGUACCCGAUCAUGUCAGCGCUGAUCACCUUGCAGACAUCCAUAUUGAUCCAACUGAUGGCGAGCAUAUAACGACGGAUUCCGAACUAGAUACGAAUGACCUGAAUAAUAAAAGAAAUGGUCAUGUAGUAUUUGUAAAUGAUGGAGGAAAGAAGAGAUCUGGUUCCAAGUAUAAUAAAAUUAUGACAAAGGCAGGACGUUCAAUGAAAAUGAAGACAUUAACUGCUUGUCUCACUCUCUUUGGAUUGUUCAAAAACCCACGAAAAAUUUAUGAAGAAUCUGAAAUGAUGCGCGUCUACUUGACUUUGUUGACACAGAAAGAUGGCGAGAUACAGAAAUUGUCUUUGGCUUGUUUGAUGACGUAUAAGUUUGAAUAUAUGAUGCCUUAUAGAGAAAACUUUGAUCGUUUGAUGGAAGAUAAGACGUUUUCUGAUGAAAUCAUGUGUUUUAGUUCUGAUGAAGAACUAAACGUUGUUAUACCUGAACACAGAGAACAAGUUAUUCAUAUCUUAAUAAGAAUACUUUAUGGUAAAAUGCAACGAUGGACUGGUGUGGGAACCCGUGGCAAAUCUGGUGGUAAUGCAAGACGUUCAUUGGUCCUACGUUUUCUCAAUAGUUGUCAUGGUGAAGAGAUGGGUGUUUUUAUGGAUCUCAUCACUCAUAAUUUCAAAGAUAUCUGUGAUAACGAGAAUGUGGAUGUAUGUUUAAGUCAAGUUGUGCCCCUGCGCAAGCAAUUAGGAUUUCUAAACAUGUUCACACAGAUAAUGGCAGUGCUUGGGAGCCAAGCCUCAUACUACUUACCGCGUCUGCUCAAGAUUCUGUUCUACUGUCUAAGGACGUCUAGAGAUUGCUUAGGACAGCGCGAGAAGGUAACACCUGGGGCCGUGUCUAAUCUCAGAUCUGUUCGUCAACUGGCUAUUCGUUGUCUUAGUAUUUUUUUCGAGAGAUUCCCAGACCAAGAUUUUGGUUUGCACACAUUGGAUAACAGCUUCCAAUUGGCUAUUGCUCCACAGGUAUUAAAGUUAAGCUCCGAGGCACUUCAAACACCCACGCCUCUUCUUCGUCUACUCAAUGUUUGUAGCAAGAACACCAGACUUCAUUGUCUGCUUUCUCGUAUUCCUACCGGCACACAGGAUUGUGUACUUGGUCACGUGUUUCAAUGUUUGACGUCUGAUCACGUGUGUACUCCUGUUGCAACUAUGGUAUUAGAGAUGGUAGAUCGCCUAAUGUCGCCUGCUAACGAAGGGAAACAGCUAAUGAGUAACAAAAUGAUCGCAAAAGAUAAGAAUAUUACUCCUCAUAGUUGUCAACAAGUUCUUCCCUACGUUUCUAUAAUUCUUGAGUAUUUGAAUAAACGCAUCCGACGUACAACGAAAAAUCUUUCUAAAAUGAAAGGGAAAUUGUGUAAAACACAUCUUGUAACGAAAACAGAACUUUCUGUACUGUCACGCAUCAGUCCUUAUAUCGUUGACUCGGAUCAAUCUUUGCAUCUCUGUCGUCUUAUGGUGUCUAUCUUGAACAUGACAAACAAGGAAGAAUCAAAAGUCGAAAUGCUACAAUCAAUAAAAAAUCUUCUGAAAAAUGUCCAAGAUCCAAUGAUAUUUUAUAGUCAGUUUUCCAGAUUGUUUUCCUCUCUUCACUCCCGUGAAGCGCGAAAAGAAUUGUGUCACAUAUUUUCCAUUAUUGCUCUCAAGAAUGAUGUAAUAUCGGAGCAUGCGCAGCUCUUACAUGGUCUCAACGCUUGGAAUAGAAGACAAGUUGAUGAAGUUGACUAUGAAACAAGGUUAUCGUCAUUUUCACAGUCUUCAAAGUUAGUAAAAUUACCAGAAGCGAAGGGAGAGUUGAUCAUGCCUUUAUUCCUUAACGCUACUCACACAGUAUUUACCACAACUGAUCUAGCCCUAAGGUACAGUGCUCUGGGAUUUAUGAAAAAUGUUAUUGAUGUUAUCGAGGAGAAAAACGAUGAUACGGACUGUAACUGGUUCAAUGUUAUUGUCUUGGGUUGUCUGUUUCCUGCUAUACGUGAAGCUGUCCAAUCACGUCAUGAGGCUGCUCGUAAUGAGAUGGUUCUCAUUCUUGGACGUUUAGUAAAAACUUUUCAUCACUCGAAGUUAAAUGAACUAAAAGUUCUCUGGAAUAAUGACCCUGAAGUUGAUUUUUUUGAAAACAUUGUUCAUAUACAAAUACAUCGUCGUGUCAGGGCAUUGAGAAGGCUUUCCAGCACAUGCGCAAAUACGACUUUCUCAAGCCACACACUAACCAGUAUAAUUCUACCACUUGUCUCACAUUUUGUGUUUGAGUACAAAGCCGUCAAGGACCACAAUCUUGUCACUGAAGCUAUCAACACCAUCGCUGCCAUUUCAACACAGUUACCAUGGUCCAAAUAUUCUUCGUUAUUACGUCAUUAUCUCAGGUUGUUAACACGUGAUAAAGAAAUGCAGAAAGUUAUAUCAAGAGUUGUUGUUUCAAUACUGGAUUCAUUUCAUUUUGAUUUGAGGUCGUUAAAAGAAGAAGACAUUAAUGGCGUUGACAUUGUGAAAUGCCAACAAUCUGAAAGUAAAGAAAAGAUGGAGGAGAUGGAUGGCCAACAAUCUGAAAGUAAAGAAAAGAUGGAGGAGAUGGAUGACCAACAAUCUGAAAGUAAAGAAAAGAUAGAGGAGAUGGAUGACCAACAAUCUGGAAAUAAUGAAGAACAAGACGAAACUGAAGAUAUUGAAGAGGAAUCUGGGGAUCCACAUGAGGAUUCCUCUUUUGAGUUAAAGCUAAAAAUCCAUGCUGUAAUUACUUCGAAAAUCUUACCACAACUUCACAAAUGUUUAAUGAAAAAGCUUGAUUCAAAUGACUUUCAUCGUUUAAGUGGACGUAAAGAAGAUGAUGAAAACGAGAUGUUACGUGUACCCAUGGUGUUAGCUAUGGUUAAAUUACUGCAAGCAUUGCCUCAAAAAACCUUAGAAAGUAAUCUUCCAGGUUUACUUAUGCGAGUGUGUCAAGCUUUAAAAAGUCGCGCGUUUGACGUACGUGAAACAGCAAGAGAGACACUUUCCAAGAUUACUAACUCUCUUGGUCUUUAUUAUUUCCCUUUCAUAUUGAAUGAACUUCGAAGUUCCCUGACAAGAGGUUAUCAGAUUCACGUUCUUUCAGCAUCGUUAUUUUAUAUUUUAAAUAAGUUUCAAGAAAAUAUUUCAGAUGGAGGUCUAGAUGUAACUAUAAAUAAUAUUGUUGAGAUUCUUGUUGAAGAUCUUUUUGGAGAACCAGCGAAAGAACGUGAGAUUGACAAAAUUGCCACAAAGCUACCUGAAGCACGAACGACGAAGAGUUUUGACAGUUUUGAAAUCGUUAUGGGAAAGAUCUCUCCUGCCCAAUUAAUGACAGUUAUAACUCCUUUAAAACAUGUUUUAGAUGAAGCGUCCAAUCACAAGAUAUCCCUUCGAGUUGAAGAAGUAUUGCGCAAAUUGAGCGUUGGUUUACAGAGAAAUCUUCUGUUUGUACCUGAAAAGAUGUUGAUUUUUGUUCAUAAUUUAGUCACUGAGAGGUUACCUCUAAUGAAACCUGACGUAAAGGGACUACCCGUGGUUCACGAUGAGCAAGAUGAACGAUUGAAACCUUCGAACACCUAUCUUAUCCCAUUGCAACCCUUGCGUGGAGGCAAGGUAGCAGAAGUGAACCAUAGAGCUAAUACUUAUAUCUUGAUUAAUUUUGGAUUACAGCUGUUGCACACUGCUUUAAAAAGACAAAAAUUAAUGGCGACCGAGGAGAAACAUUGUAACAUGCUUGAUCCGUUUGUUUCCAUACUUACAAAUGCUCUCAAAUCAAACCAUGUCAAAAUAACGACCAUUUCUUUACGUUGUAUUUGUUGGAUUGUUAAAUAUCCUUUACCUUCGUUGCGACAGCAUGUCGUACAUAUUGCUGCUCGUUUAUUUAAACUUCUCAAGAAUCACGCAAAAACGGGGGGAGCUUCGGGUGAUAAUGAAGAAAUGGUGUUGUCAUCAUUCAAGACUAUUACCGUUCUCAUUCGCGAUUAUGUUGAACUUAAUGUUACAGAACAACAACUGAGGAUUUUGCUAACAUUCGUUGAAGAAGAUUUGUAUGACCACAACAGACGGAGCUGCGCAUUUCCUUUGUUGAAGGCAAUAUUGUCCCGGAAAUUGCAAGUUUCUGAAAUCAAUGAUGUAAUGCUUAAAGUGUCUGAGCUCUCAAUUGUAAAUGAUUCACAGUCAGCGAGACUUCAGUGUCGACAGGUUUUAUUACAAUACUUACUGGACUAUCCUGUUGGUAAAAAAAUGAAACGUUACAUGGAGUUUUUCAUUCAACAACUGCAAUAUGAACACGCAAGCGGUCGAGAGUCAGCUUUAGAAAUGUUGAUAUCAAUUGUUAAUUCCUUUCCUGAGAAAGUGGUGUUCUUGUAUUCUGGCCUAUUUUUUCUUCCGCUGUGCACAAGGCUUGUAAAUGACGAGUCAGCUAACUGUCGGAAGCUUACGGCAGUUGCUGUCAAGACUUUGAUCGGAAAACUUGAUCUUGAACGUAGAGAUAAUUUGUUUCGCAUUGUAAUGACUUGGAUGGAUGAUGAAAAGAUGAGCCUUCAAAGAUUGGCGAGUCAUGUCUGCGGUCUUUUCGUGAACGUCGAAGGCAAAUCAUUUGAACGUCGUGUUCCUGAAGUAUUACCGAAAUUAUUCACGAUUCUAAAGCCAGAGAAUUAUAAUUUGAAGUCUAAACAGGCCGAAAAAAAUAGUGAUAAUGUUUUGAUUAAUGCAGUGAUGUGUCUCAUGAAAAUAACACAAGAAUGCUCAAUCUUGUCGGGAAAAGAAUCACUAAAAAUAUCCAACAGCGCAUGGGAUUCUAUAUUAUGCCAUUUGACAUACCCACACACUUGGGUCCGUUUGAUAUCAUCACGUCUUUUUGGCCUUCUCUUCUCUCAGCAUUCACCUGAAGACAUAGCUACAAUAUCUAAGGAUUCUAGCCCACAUGAAUAUUUGAGUCUAGAUAUAAAGAAAAAAAUCGCCUCGCUAUGCGAAGCGUUUCUGGAGCAACUAAAAUCGCAACAUGUUGAUGAAGAUUUAGGUGACCAAAUUGUCAAGAAUCUGUUCUAUUUGAGUAAGGUUAUAAUAUUAAUGAACAAAGAUGACGUGAAUUAUGGACUAAAUGAUGACACAGAGGAUUCAGAGGAAGUUAAUAAUGUCACUUUAUUGUGGUUAUUAAGAAAAUUGUCGAAUAUAGCAAAAUACGAGUCUUCUCAAACACCGAAACUCAUUCAAAAGCGUUUGAGUGUAUUUCGCUGGAUUGCUGCGAUUGCUUCUCAUCUUGGCAGUGAAAAUAUUUCUUCCUAUUUACCUGAAAUGUUAAAACCAGUUCAUAGAGAGUUGGAUCAUGGCUCAAAUUCCGUUGACGAAAAAUUGCGAGGUUUGGCGCUAGAAGUCGUUGAACUGCUUAAAAACAUUGUUGGUCAUGAAGUAUUUUCAAAAGCUUAUGCUACUGCCAAACAAUGUGCGUCUGAUAUGAAAACAAAACGUAAAAUGCAGACUGCGUUUGAGAUGGUAGCUAAUCCCGAAGCAAGUGUAGCAAAGAAAAUGAAACGAAAUUUGGCGAAGAGAGAAAACAGAAAAAGAAAAUUUGAGUCAAAAAAAGCGUUUAAAAAAUCAAAGAAAUUGAAGAUAUGAAAAACGCAGUAUUCAUAUUUGUUAAAGUUAUGAAGGUGAAGAAGUGAUCUACGGCAUGUAUUUGAAACAAGAUAAUUUGAACCAAACGAAGUGAAGCCUGCUACAUCUUUUGAUUUUUAUAUAAAGACAUCUAUUUGAUGAACAGAAGAAUCAAACAUAAAGCUGGCUCAUUGUGUGAGGUUUUGAAAGAAUAAAAAUUGAAUGUUCCUUUAUUAUAAA